AUGGACCCAUCACUGCGAGAUCCAAACUUGCGGACAAUUCGCACCAUCCAGGGUUUGUCUCUUGCGUGCCGGGUGCAGACCUCCGCCUUCGAGGUGGCACAAACGCCGAAAAUCGGCAGGAGGGUGCAGCCUGGCGAGCUGCAUCUCUCCCGACGGAUAUGGACCAUUCCUUCGGUAGCGUGACGCCCGCAAAACUCACCCUUCUUGUUGCCCGGCCUUCCGAACGAUGGCCACUCAUUGCACAAUGCAUGACUGCACCUCAGCCCUCUGACCGUCACCAUCCCUUCUGUAGCAUGCGGUCCACAGAACAAUGGAAUCUUGCUCCCGACCGCACCAUAUGAUGGAAAUUUUGUGCAUCCCGGGUGGGCGCAUCCCUUGCUGACGACGUCAACCGCUCCCUCCCUAGCGUGCUGUCUGCAAUGCUCCGCUUUGUCGGAACCUGCCUCGGCGAACUUUGCUCGAGUGGAGCAGCCUGGAUGUACACAGGUCCCCUUUUUCAUGUCCACCAUUCCCUCCCCCGCGUGGGUGGGACAAAACCUAGCCUUUUUCGUUCCAACCGUUCCGAAUCUCGCGAGCCCGGAGCAACCUGAGUAGCCGCAUCGUCUGUGCGCAACGUUGACCAUUCCUUCCCCGCGGUGUUUCGCGCAGAACUGUGCCUUCGUGCUUCCUUGUACACGAUACGACGCGGACGUUACGCAGUUCUCGUGCUCGCAAAUCUUGUGGAGGAGACACGCUAAACGCCGGCACGAGAAGACAUCCUGGCUGACCACAGCUGCUUUUGGAGAGAUCUACCAUCUCCUCACUUGCGUGUUGAGGGCAGAAUCUUGGUCCUUUGCUGCCAGGUACUCCACGACAUGCACGAUGUGCGCAUUCCGGGUACUCGCAUACCCUGUGGAACUUGUUGGGGAUCCUACUCAUUCCUUCCGUCGCGUGCCGACGGCAAAACGUCGCCGGUGCGCUGCCAGACACGCUGAACGCCGGUACGAGAAGACAUCCUGGCUGACCGCAGCUGUUCUUGGAGAGAUCUACCAUCCCCUCACUUGCGUGUUGAGGGCAGAAUCUUGGUCCUUUGCUGCCAGGUACUCCAUGACAUGCAGGACGUGGGCAGUCCGGGUAUUCGCAUACCCUGUGGGCCUUGUUCUUGGGGAUUCGAACCAUAUCCUUCGACGCGUGUCGACGGCAAAACGUCGCCGGUCCACUGCCAGACACGCUGAACCGCGGCACGAGAAGACAUCCUGGCUGACCACACCUGUUCUUGGAGAG